AUGCUGUGUCGUAACGAGAAAUUGGUGAGACAAAUGAACAAGCUGGGGAGGAUAAUGACGCCCCGUAAGAGGAAGAAGGGUCAAUGGCACUUCUACCAUUUUGAGUACAGCACAAAUGUCGGGCAAAGAUGCGUACAGAAGGAGAAGGAUAGCUUUAAGGAAACGUGGAAAACGGUUGUUAGGCAGGAUUAUAUAAAAAGAAUUAUGAACAUUUUUGGAGAGGAGAAUUUUACUAAUAAGCGUAACGGAGGAGGGGGUCGGGGAUCCCCCUACCCUUGUUACUUUGUCUUGGGGGCGGAAGGUGUGGGGAAGAAGUUUUUCAUACAAAAGGCGAAGGACGUGUUUUUAAGAGGGCAGUCCCAUUUGGGGAGCGAGCCAAAUGGUGUUCCCCACCACGGGGGGCAUCUUCAUGGAGAAGGAAAAGGAAGCAGAAGAAGUAUUUUUUUCGAGUACGACUUUAAAGACGUAAACCAAAACGAAUCGAUCAUCCCCUUCUCCGUGAAAUUACACAAGUUGGAAGAGUUCCUAAGGUACAAAUUGAUGAAAGAAGUAAACAGCGACGUGGCAAGUGGAAAGAUAAAGAUGAGCAAUAUUUAUGAGCAGUUCAUCUUGGGGGGAAGAGUAAACGAUGGGGGAGACGCCCUUUUUGCGAAAUUCCCAGUCCUAUUCAAACACAUAUUAAACACCCCACAAAUGUAUGAUUAUUUGAAUGACCAAGACAGGAAGAACAUCGCCAAGUGGAUAAACUUGUUGGAAAAGAACAACUACACGUGUGAUAAUUUUCUUUCCUUUUUAAACAUCCUUUUGAAAAAAAUUAAACAGUGUGAAGAAUACCAGUAUUGUAUGAACAACUCGGAGGGAAUUCUUACCAAUUUUUCUAGUGGACUAUUCCUCUAUGGUUAUUUUUUGUCUUUAAUUAACUUUUUACGAAGCAAAUAUGGAUACAAUUUUUGUUUCAUUUUUUAUAAUUUGCAUUGUUUCCUUUUGGGUCCUCAGCCCGCGCGGAAUUUCCACUUUUUUGCCAAAUGGUGUGAAGAAAAUGUGGACAGGCACAACGUCCCGGUCAUUUUUCACUCCAUUAAGAAUAUAGAGAUGAUGAAGUUUGUGUUCGUUUUUAAUAACCUGGUGGUGAGGCAUGUUGGCAAUGUUCGACACGGUGGUAGCACUGGCGACGGUGCAGAGAAAUCACCGCAAAUAAAUGGGAACCUAGUUAGGGAGAGUGACUUCCCCCCCAAUACUCACAACCUGACGAAGAAGGAGCUGCAGAAGUAUCACCUCAUAAGGGAACAUCUAAUCGAAAUAAACGAACUUUCCUACGACAUGGUCAGGUGUUUAGUCAUUCCUAAUUAUGUGAAGAACGAAAAGGUGGUCAAGUGUAUUUACGACAUCAUAGGGGGGAAUGCCCACUUAGUAAAAACAGUUUGUAAAGGGUUACAUGAUCUGAACAGCCAGUUUGAUGAAGACAAAAUGAGGAACCAAAUUGAAGCGGAAAAAAAACAAAACGUUACUUACGACAUGGAUGAAGAGGGGCAAGUCAACGUAAGGAGUAACACCAUCGAAGAAAUUGUACAACAUCGAAAGUUGGAGCAGCAGAAGGAAUUUUUAAAAAAUAUACAUGAGAAUAUUUUACACACAUUUAUCCUCGACUUCGAGAGGAAAGUACGCACUUUCUUUAGCCUUCCAAAUGUUGAACGGUUAAAGAGGAGCGGAAGCUCCACACAGGGGGAGGGAGGACAACAAGUUGAAAAAGAAACAACGAAGGAAGGACUAACGUAUAUCCAAUUCUACUUCACCAUUUUUGAAGCCAUCAAAUACUUUUUAAAAAAAAAAAAAAUUUUUUGUAAAAAUAUAAUAAACCUGAAUAACCCCAUUUUGCUUGGUCUCAUUGACGUGAACAUUAUUCACUACAACUAUGAACAUGGGUACCUCGAAUUGACCAACCAGCUUUACGAAGUGCUGCUGCUUAACUACAUGGAUAUGAAGUACAGGCAAUUUCCCCUCAAGUACAGAGCCCAGUACAACAUUAACUAUGUGCUUAACUAUAAGAUAAUUCAGCACGAGUUUAACUUGCUGGAGUCGCAGGCGUAG